AUGGGAGAAACAGGUGCGGAGCUGGGAGGGGUGGGGAAGGAGUGGGCGGAGGGAGAGGCGGAAGACGCCUCUCUCUCGGUGAACAGUGCAGCCACCUGUGGGGUCCGAGUCCGUGCAGUGCAGUGGGGCAGACGUGGGUGCUGGAGACCCGGGCAACUGGCUGCACCACUCUCACCUAGUGACGGGGAAAGGGAUGGUGAUGGGGAUGGGGAUGGAGAAGGGGAUGAGGAUGUUGAAGCGAAAGACGAUGGGGAGAGGCGAGGGGAUGGGACAGGGGAUGGGACAGGGGACGGGUCAGAAGAUGGGAAUUGGGAUGGGACGGGGGAUGGGAAUGGGGAUGGGAAUGGGAAUGGGGAUGGGAAUGGGAAUGGGAAUGGGGAUGGGAAUGGGGAUGGGAAUGGGGAUGGGAAUGGGGAUGGGGAUGGGAAUGGAGAAGGGAAUGGGAAUGGGGAUGGGAAUGGGAAUGGGGAUGGGGAUGGUAAUGAGAAUAGGGAUGGGAAUUGGGAUGGGAAUGGGAAUGGGUAUGGGAAUUGGGAUGGGAAUGGGAAUGGGGAUGGGAAUGCGAAUGGGGGACACUGA